CAUUUUCUAGGGCUUGGAACUCUGCUACUAGGGUUUGUGCCAGAUUUUGGGCGUAAUGCCUGGGUCUCUUCUUUGAUUCCAGCUCGCGAUGGCGCUCCAGGCCGGCGUCUCGACCGUCAAGGUGCUGAUUCUCGUUGGUGCCGGACUGACGGGAACGUUCCUUGUGAAUAAUGGCCGCCUCACGGACUUCAUCUCAGACCUCUCCAAGGUCAUCUCCAAGCAUCUAGAGGACGGGGAUGUGUCUGCGAAGGUUUCAGACAAAACUACCGAAUUGGCUGGACAGCUCAUGAGACUAAGGCAGGAACUCAUGCAGUUAGCGGCCUCUAAAGAUGUCACAUUUAUAAAUGGAAGUUCUGGAAGCGGCAGUGGAGCAAACAUCUCCUCCCUCGCAGUGCCCGCGGUUGUUGUUGGCGCUGCGGGAUAUGGAUACUUUCGGUGGCGGGGAUGGCGUCUAACCGACUUCCUCUAUGUUACGAAGCGUCAUAUGGCAAAUGCUGUUUCGGAGGUUUCGAAGCAGUUCGAUCAAGUCUCGGCAGUGCUUGCGGCAACUCGAAGGCACCUGUCGAUGCGAAUAGAAGAUGUAUCAAAAGCCUUAGAAGAUAGUGCCGAAGUCCAAGGUGUUAUAAAGAAUCAGGUUCUUGACAUGAGAAGCGACGUCGUAAAAUGCGGUGGCGACGUCCAGGUUGUCCAGCAAAUGGUCGAAGGCUUGGAAUCGAAGAUUGGCGAAGUUCAAUCCAAGCAAGAUUUUGCCAACAGAGGAAUUCUGUUGCUGUGUCAGUACGUGCAAGACUUGGAGCACGGACGCCCCGGCUUGCUAGAAUCCAAGCGCAAGCUAGAUCUCUUACAACAGGCCCCGAAACCUCCGCUGUUAAAGUCUGGAAGCCCAUCGUCGUCAUCCUUGGCUUCCUCGUCGAAAUCUUCGUCGUCCUCGGCCUCGUCUUUGGCGUCGACAGGCAGCGGAUUGAAGGAACUACAGCAAAUCUCGGAGAAGCUCCAGGGCGAUGCGCCAAGGACAUUAAGGCCGACGUUUUCGGUCUCGUUUGGAUCAUCGUUCGCUUCGAGAUGACGCUGCGGAAGGAAGAGUUUGUCUUGUAAAUUUGCGAAAAUAAUUGACAAAAAACCAUUUUGUUUUCCA